GUUGGGUAUGGAGCUGUACCCGUUAUUGUUCCCCGAGUCAGCGGGGUGCAUAUGUUGUUGAACAGUUUCAAGCCGAUUCAUGGGGUUCUCCUCUGUGAAGUGGAAGACAUUGACCCAUCUCUGUAUGAGGCGGAACUAUCCGGCCUUUUGCCGGAGGAAUUGGAAGAAAUCAGGAGCUUGCAUGCCGGCGAUACUGCCAUUAAUAGAGAAAAGGAUUCAAUCGAGUUGAGCCUGGCGAAGCUUUGCCUCGAGAGGAACAUCCCCUAUUUGGCAAUUUUGCAGGGGUUCCCAAGUUUUAAAUGUUGCAUGUGGAGGAACCCUUUAUCAAGAUAUCGGGAAAGAACUGUCGGAAAAGUUGUCGGAAAAUCAGAGGAGAAAAUGGAGAUUUGGGUUAAUAGUUAUCACCAUCAAGGUGUUAAGAGAUUAGCUCAACGUUUCGUUCCAAUGGCUUUUGAACCAGAUGGUCUUAUUGAAGGGUUCUAUGAUCCAGAUGCUUAUAAUCCAGAAGAGGGUAAGUUUAUCAUGGGUCUGCAAUUCCAUCCUGACAAAAUGAGGCGGCCGGAUUCUGAUGAAUUUGAUUAUCCAGGAUGCCCAUCUGCUUAUCAGGAAUUUGUUAAAGCAGUAAUUGCUUAUCAGAAGAAGCUUAAUAGCACAACGUCUGUGCCGAAGCCUCUCAAUCUCAAUCAAGAAAUGGAGAAGAAAAGAAAAUUGAUAAUCAGAAGCUUCUCCCUUGCUAAAAACUUAUACGUCACAGGUUCUGAGAUGCAUCCUUCUAAAGAAUCUGAACUUCAAGCUGGAGCAGAAUUUCUUGAGUCAAAUACAGCUUUGAGCAUUCAACAAGAGAACAGAUUGAAGCAGAUGGGUGUAACUGUGAGAAAUGCAGGUUCUUAUAUUGAGAGAUUGAAGCAGAGUGAGGAGAGGUAAAGAUUGGCAAGAAAUAUGAUGGGAAAAAUGUCUACAGAGCAGUUGGAGAAGAUAUGUUCAGAAGUGCUAGAAAAGAAGGUUCAUGGAUUGUCACUGACCUUGGCACUUGAGGCCUCCUCCCCAUGACAUUUGAAGGAUAUGCUUUUCUGUCAAUAAAAGGACAGGUCUCCAAAAUGUACACAUGAAACCUGGGCCAUGGAUCCCUGUCCUUCAUCUGUAUUUUGUCUUUACCUGUUUUUUAUAAUUAAAUUUUAUUUUGUGAA